GCAGAUUGAUAUUUGGUUCUCAAACACUGAGGAGGAAGUCUGCGCGGAUGGGCUACAUAAUACAAUCGAUGUCCUGGGCUGCUGCUGUCGUUUUUCUCCACCCCCAAUGUUUAGCAAUCAUGAUUUGAAUUAGAGACACUCGUCGGAGGAUAUUAGCAGCGGAAAAAGCUGUCAGUGAUGUCCAGUUCUUAGACACAGGCUAAACCUCCUUCCCAUCAUGGACUCCAAGAAGCCAGGUGUGCUGCGGCAUUUCCGCCAGAAGGUGCUACCACACUUUCGGCGAGGCAAGACGAGCGCAAGCAAGUCGCCCGUCCUGCUCGAACACACCAUGGACCAUCGGAUGAGUUCCUCCGUUCCAGACAUGAGAUACAUGAGGCAGGAGUACACUCACGUCUCCUCCAGCACACGGCUCCAGCAGUACAACUCCCCCAGCUACAGCAGCCCCUCCUCACCGUUAGUCAAGCCUGCUCGAGGCCUGGCAGGAGGUGGGAGUGGCCUGAAGGUGGGACCCGUUGGUGGAGGAGCUGAGAGGAGUGAGCACAGACUAAGCGUGCCUGUAGACUCUACAGACUGGGCUUCCUCCCAGGAGUCAUUCAACAGUCUCUGCGAGGAGGAGAAGAGCUCCUCGGAGUCAAACUACAGAAUCGUCAGAGGCAUGGAGCCUGAGGAGCUGGCCCUGCCAGAGAUGAUGACCGUCUACAGUCCAGAUGUCCCUUCCUUGGAAGUUUCCCAGGAUGACUCACAGUACGAUAAUCAUGAUUUCAACGUCCACGUGUUGAAAGACGGGGACAACCAAAACAGUGAAAUGAACAACGAGAUCCCAAAUGUAUCGGAGAACACCAGGUUUCCUUCCAGGUCCUUCCUGCUCACCAUCAACCUGAAGGAAGGACGCAACCUGGUCAUCAGGGACCGCUGUGGUACCAGCGACCCUUAUGUGAAAUUCAAAUUGGAUGGGAAAACUUUCUACAAAAGUAAAGUGGUUUAUAAAGACCUCAACCCCAAGUGGUAUGAGACUUUCUCCCUACCUGUGAAGGAUCUGAACCAGAAACUGUACAUCAAGGUAUAUGACCGUGAUCUUACAACUGAUGACUUCAUGGGCUCUGCAAGUGUCACCCUGAGUGAUCUGGGGAUUGACAAAGUCAAUGAGAUGUCUUUGCCUUUGGAGGACCCAAACAGCCUUGAGGAGGACAUGGGGGUUGUUCUGGUGGACAUGAGCCUGUCACUCAGAGAUGGAAGCAGCAAAAGAGGCCACAGGUGGCCUCAAAAACGAAAACGAAGUAUUAGGGCGGGAGGCUCUUCUCAGAGCUUUCGCCUGUCAGAGACACUGAGGAAGAGUCAGCUGUGGACUUCUGUUGUGUCGGUGACUCUGGUCGAGGGUCAGGAGCUGCUGCUGGACGCUCAGGGAGGUCAGCUCUUUGUUCGCUUCAGGCUGGGAGAGCAGACAUACAAAAGCAAGAAUCACUGCAAAGUGUCCAAACCCCAGUGGAGAGAGAGGUUCACUCUAAACCAGUACUUGGACAGUCCCAACAUCCUGGAGGUGGAGCUCUGGUCCAAGGAAGGACGAAGGAAUGAGGAGUGUUUGGGAACGUGUGAGGUUGACCUGUCCAGGAUCCCUGUCAGUCAGAGGCAGCUGUUCACACAAACCUUGGACCAUGGCAGAGGACGCUUGGUCUUCCUGCUUACAGUGAACACGUGCAGCGGCGUCUCCAUCUCUGACCUCUGUGCUGCGCCACUUGACGAACCUCACGAGCGGAAGAACCAGCUGGAUAACUACAGUUUGAAAAGGUCCCUGAAAAGCCUCCGUGAUGUUGGUUUCCUUCAAGUCAAAGUUAUCAAGGCUACAGACCUGCUGGCUGCUGAUUUAAAUGGCAAGAGUGAUCCUUUCUGCGUGUUGGAACUGGGGAACGACAGACUGCAGACCCACACAGUCUAUAAGACCCUCCACCCAGAGUGGAAUAAAGUCUUUACACUCCCUGUCAAAGACAUUCAUGAUGUUCUAGUGGUGACUAUCUUUGAUGAGGAUGGAGACAAGGCGCCAGACUUCCUGGGAAAAGUUGCCAUUCCCCUGCUCUCGAUCCGCAGGGGACAACAGAUCGCCUUCCCGCUGAAGAAAGAAGACUUAGGUGGGCUGUCGAAGGGAAGCAUCACUCUGGAGCUGGAGGUUAUUUUUAACCCCGUCAGAGCAAGUUUAAGAACCUUCCAGCCAAAGCAGAGAAGAUUCAUGGAGGAUAAUCCCAAAUUUUCCAAAAAGGCUCUGGCCAGGAACGUGCUGCGUGUUCAGACACUGUACAGGGCUAUCGUGUCGACUCUGCAGUACAUCAAAAGCUGUUUCCAGUGGGAGAGCGUUCAGAGGAGCCUGCUAGCCUUCCUGGUGUUUGUGGUGACAGUGUGGUACUGGGAGUUUUACAUGCUGCCCUUCUUCCUGGUCCUGCUCAUCUUGUGGAACUACCUCCAGGUCCGCUCCGGCCGUGUCAGUCAGGACCUGGACAAUAUGGAUUUGGCUGAUGAGGAUGAGGAUGAUGAAAAGGAGUCAGAGAGAAAAGGGCUGAUGGAGAAAAUCCACAUGGUCCAAGACACCAUCAUCACCCUGCAAAACCUGCUGGAUGAGAUCGCCUCUUUUGGAGAGAGGAUUAAAAAUACUUUUAACUGGUCGGUGCCGUUCCUGUCCAGCCUGGCUUUCCUGGUCUUUACAUUUGCAGCAAUCCUAACAUACUACAUUCCUGUACGCUAUGUAGUUUUAAUAUGGGGUAUCAAUAAAUUCACCAAGAAAUUACGGAACCCGUACAGCAUUGACAACAAUGAAGUGCUUGAUUUCCUGUCGAGGGUGCCUUCAGAUGUGCAGAAGGUUCAGUACAGUGAGGUGAGGGGCAGCAGGAAGAAGAAAAUCAUGUAGAAAAUAGAAGGAGGGCGGUAUGUAAACUGGACUUCAUGCUGCUGUUUGUGGGCUUCCUUCCUAAAAACUGUUUCCAGACAGUCUGCUGAAUCUUCCCUUUUGUCAGUUUUGGGGUGCGUGGAAGGUUUGAAUCUUAAUUCGCUGUGUCGAUGCACGGCUCAGCACCGCUCAUUCUGACCAGAACCACAGGACUUUUCAACCAACAAAAGUUCAUACUGGGGACCCUGCAGAGAUCACUUUCCACAUUUUGAACAGAUUUUACUAUGAUGUCUAUCUGCUCAUUUCUGGUACAAUUUCCAAAGAUUGUAAUUGUUUUAUUGUAUGUACAGUUUAUUCUUUAAGAUAAUCAAUUAGAAGCUGCUUUCUUAUAUAUUCCUGACCCCCAGGUUGCUGAAACCAGCUGAAAUAUGAUUUUAUAUUCUACUGAAUGUACAUGUUUGGUGUGUAACAUUUAUAAUUAUAUUUUUACACAAUUUACAUUUACAGAAGUAAAGAUAAGUUAAUUCCAAAAUGGAUUACCCACUGUUUGAAACAAAUGGGUAACUUUAGUGAGUGCAAGUCGUCAUGAGGUGUUUUCUUAGAAAAUGGUUAUAUUUUUAUGUAAAAGGUACUGGUUUUAAAUAUUAAUGCUGAAUGUCAGGUAACCAUUGCUUCUUCCAACUGGGCCUUUCAUGUGUCCAGCAUAUGUCCAGCAGCAUAUCAAAUAUUAUGCAUGAUAAUCCUUUGUCUCUUACAUUUGCCUUUGUAAAUGGAUAAAGAGCUCUGUGCAUACAAUAUUGACUCAUUUUACUUAAGCAUGAAUAUGGGCAUAUUUUUACAUGCAAAGAUAAGUGCCUACAUUUUCAUUUUCAUUUAUCCUACAUGCAGGAUGUAUGUACUAUUUAUAGUAGUCUCUGUAGAAUAAGGUCAGACUGAACUCAAAAUUGUAUUUAUUAAUGACAAUAACUGAUGAAGACUUUGUGUCUGUCAUUGCUAACAACAAUAAAUGCACACAAUCACGCAGUUAUAUGUUCUGCCUCUCAGCUCAAA